AUGCCCACCAACGCCCCGUUCAUCGUGUUCACGAGCCCAGAUCCUUCCUCCGAUGACGCGAAGCCAGAAGACCCUGUAGCUUUGCAGCUCCGCACGCUAUACUGCGACGAGAUCAGCGGCCACACCCAACGUCUCAAGGCCAUCGAAGAUCUAGCCAAAGGUCUGGGACUGUCGUUGGAAGACCUUCAUGGGGUAAGCUUCCCUAUCCACGCUAUGUCGCUACCGUUGGCUAACGUUCACGCGUAG